AUGGACAUCACCCAGAUCCCAUGUUGUCAAACCCUAUUGUCUCUCUUUGCAAUAGGCCUUGCUCAACACCUCAAGGCCACCACUUUUUUCCUACUCCCCAACAUAGCAGCCUCAAAUUCUUGCCUCCAAAACUUCCAGUCCAAGCUCACCUCUCUAGCACUCCCUUCCGAUCUUGUCUCUUAUUGUUUUGACCCUAUACAAUUUGUAACUAGCCCCAACAUCUGCGCCCAAAUUGAGUCUUCCCAAGAUUGGGUCUCUAAGCUUAAUCAGACCACUGCACUUGACUCUGCAUGCAAGCCAGACCUCACUGAUCUAUCAUCCUGUGAUGCUUGCGUGGCGGCUGGCCUUAGAAUUCAGCAAGAAUUAAUCACCGUUGAUGGUAACAGUUCUCACUCUAGAGAUUGUUGGAUCUUCACAGUAAUGUAUGCAGCAGCUGGUAUUAUCAAUGACUCUGAACCUGAAAGUGAGGGUACUUGUGUUUUCGGUUUAUCUUUAUUGAAUAACACUCUUGUGGAUACUGCUGUGGACACUCCUGUGAAUUUGCCCAAAAAGAGCUAUACAGCUCUUGUAACUGCAGUAGUCUCAGCAACAGGAGGGUUGCUUACGAUAUUAUUAUUUUUAUACUUCUUAUGGAAGAAAUCUUUGGGAAAGAAAAGGGCAUAUAGUGAGAAUAUUAGGAAUUUUAGUGCUGGAAAUGGGAAGAAUGAUACAGAACUACCGGUCUCAAGUUUAAGGAGUAUAUUAGCUGCUACAAACAACUUCUCUGAAGCUAAUAAACUAGGAGAGGGAGGGUUUGGCCCUGUUUAUAAGGGCAUCUUAAAAGAAAAUCAAGAGGUAGCCAUAAAAAGACUGUCAAAGAAGUCAGGGCAAGGAUAUCAGGAGUUCAUGAAUGAGUUAAAACUUAUAGCAAAGCUCCAACAUAACAAUCUUGUUAGGCUCUUGGGUUGCUGUAUUGAAAAGGAAGAGAUGAUAUUAAUCUACGAGUACAUGACUAAUCGAAGUUUGGACAAAUUUUUGUUUGAUCCAAGGGAAAACACAAAGUUGGAUUGGGGUAAACGCUUUCAAAUUAUAGAAGAAAUGAACCCCAAAAUUUCAGAUUUUGGAAUGGCAAAGAUUUUCGAGAUAAAUCAGACUGAAGCAAGUACCAACAGGGUUGUUGGGACAUACGGUUACAUGUCACCUGAGUAUGCACGCUAUGGUCAUUUUUCUGAGAAAUUGGAUGUAUUUAGUUUUGGAGUGUUGUUGCUGGAGAUUGUAAGUGGAAGGAAGAAUUCCGCUUUCUAUCAUCUUGAACACCCACUAACUCUUGCUGGAUGGGCAUGGAAAUUAUGGAAAGAAGGUAGAGGAAUGGAGGUGAUUGAUGCAUCAGUGAGAGAAACAUGUCUGCCUCAUGAAGCUUUAAGGUGUAUCCAUGUAGCAUUAUUGUGUGUUCAAGAAGAUCCAGUUGAUCGACCAACAAUGUCUUCUGUAAUUCACAUGUUGGCUAAUGAAGCUACAUCACUUCCACUAUUCAAAGAACCUGCAUUUUCAACACAUAGUAAUUAUAAGGCUGUUUGCUCUUCUUCUCCAUCAUCUAGCAUUUUUUCGAACAAUCUGGUAACCAUUAGCAUCCCUGAAGGUCGAUAGAGGUUCAAUGCCUAUCUGUCGGUGAGUACUGUUUACAAAUUACACUUUGAGCCGCAUAAUUUUAUGUCCAGAUGUCUUCGCUUUGGAAUACACUUGUGUUCCUUCUCUUCCAUUGGACGUAAAAUUAUGCAGCCUUUCUAUUUCAAUGAACUGCAGAAUCCUAAGGGAACAAAUUAAAAUAGAAAGGUUGGAGAUUUCCCUUGCCAAGUGUAUGAAAUUGUCAAUCCAAGAGAAGGCACUGAUGGAUUUAUUUGUUAAAACUUAGGCAAGAAGGUAGCUAGAGUGGGUUGAUGAUCUCUAAGCCAAACCUAUGAAGCCUUAUGAUGUAUCUAUGUAGGAAUCUUGUC